AUGAGCGUGUUAAGCUGGAACUGUCGGGGGUUGGGCAGCAAGCCGACAGUUCGUGAGCUACUGAGCUUGGUUACCAAGCAGUUGCCUAUGUUUGUUUUUAUUUCAGAAACUAAGUCAAUAAAAGCAGCGGUGGAAAGGGUGAGAAUAAGGAUGGGAUUUGAAGGGUUAUUUGUGGUGGAUAAGGUCGGAAGGGGGGGUGGCCUUGCAUUGUUUUGGAGGGAGCGUGACAUGGCGACGUUGCUGGGGUAUUCGGGGAACCAUAUUGACGUGUUGGUUAAUCUUCCGGGGCAGGAGCCGUGGCGCCUAACCUGCUUUUAUGGUUUCCCUGACCAAGUUGACAGACAUUUAUCAUGGGAUUUAUUAAGGGAUCUUAAGGUACGAUCAAGGCUACCGUGGGCAGUCAUUAGGGAUUUUAACGACUUAGCGAGUCAUACAGAGAAGUGGGGUGGCAGUGUACAUUCAGAUAGGUUAAUUCGGGGUUUCAACGCAGCGUUGCGUGAUUGCGGGCUUAAUGAUAUGGGAAUGGAAGGGCAUGAGUUCACUUGGGAGAAGGGGAAGGGAACGGAGCGUUGGGUGCAAGAACGGUUGGACAGGGCUGUGGCAACGACUGAGUGGUGUGCUAUGUUUUCAGAGGCAAUAGUUAGGAACCUCAUUACUAUUAACUCUGAUCAUAGCGCCAUAAUUCUAGACCUAGUAGUAAGGCCUAUCCGUCAGGUAAUCAGGAGGUUCAAGUUUGAAUCUGGUUGGUUACUGGAUGGGGAGUGUCGGCAGGUGGUAGAGCAGUCCUGGGCUAUGACGAGAGGGAGGACAUUCAUGCAACGUAUACAGCAGUGUGGUGUGGAUUUGUUCCGUUGGGGUGGGGAUUACUUUGUGAAGUUUGGGUGGAGGAUACAGCGCCUGAGGGCAAAGCUGGAGCGCUUGCGUAGUAGCCGUGUGCAACAUGAUGUUAACCUUUAUGUGCGGUUAGAGAAGGAGUUGUCUGGUUUGUUAGCGCAGGAAGAGGUUUAUUGGAGAUAG